AUGCAAACCAAGCACUUCUUUUCCGAUCCGACCCAUCUGGUCUUGACCGCGUUGAACUCCAUCACCGUCACCAACCCAUCCCUUGCAUUGGAUCUCGAGAAUAAAAUUGUCUUCCGUCGCCCAGAUGCACCUCGUAAGCCGAAGAAGGUCUCCAUCGUGACUGGUGGUGGAUCCGGCCAUGAGCCCGCGUUUGCGGGCUUCGUCGGCCACGGUCUAUGUGACGCUGCAGUCGCCGGUACCGUCUUUGCUUCGCCAUCCGCCGAGCAGAUCCGUAGGGCGGCCAUGGAUCGUGUCCCCACGGAUAGUGGAGUCUUGAUUAUCCCCAACAAUUAUACCGGUGAUGUGCUGAACUUUGGUAUGGCCACGGAAAAGUCCCGUGCUGCGGGCAUUCGCACUGAGUUCUUCGCUAUGGCCGACGAUGUUGGUGUCGGCCGGAAGAAGAGUGGAAAGGUUGGCCGCCGUGGUAUUGGCGGUGCGGCUUUGAUCUUGAAGCUUGUUGGUGCUUUGGCUGAAGCUGGUGGUUCUCUCGAUGAAGUCUAUGGUCUUGCUCAGCACGUCAACAACAACUUGGUCUCUAUUGGUACCUCUUUGGAACAUGUUCAUAUUCCUGGUCGCCGAGUCCCCGAGGGCCUGGACACCAUUGCACCCGGUGACGCCGAGGUCGGUAUGGGUAUUCACAAUGAACCUGGAUCCCACCGUGCCAAGGCAAACUUGGUCGAGCUGGUCUCAACCAUGCUGCGCUCGCUGCUUGAUCCCAACGACGCUGACCGGGCCUACGUCACUUACACCCCUAAGGAUGACUUCGUGCUUCUGAUCAACAACUUGGGUGGUGUGAGCCCCAUUGAAUUGGCCGGUAUCACCGAUGAGGUUCAUCGUCAGCUUAACCAGAGCUACAAGGUGAAUCCUGUCCGUGUGAUCCAGGGUACAUUCCUUAGCAGCUUGGAUGGAUUGGGCUUCAGCAUCUCGCUCCUGAAGCUCGCCGAUACUGGCCUUGGAUCCGGCAAGUCGCUCCUGGAGCUGCUCGAUGCCCCCGCAGAGGCCGUUGGCUGGGCUGCCCCCAUCUCCCGCUCGACCUGGGAAAACCGCAUCGACACUCCUGUGCAGCUUAAGAACACCAAUCUGGCCGAGGAUAACCCCAGCAACCUGAAGCUUGACCCCGCCGUCGUAAAGAAAAUCCUCGGUGCAGGCCUGAAGCGCGUCAUCGCCGCCGAGCCCGAAGUCACCAACUACGACACCAUCGUCGGUGACGGCGACUGCGGCGUCGGCCUCCAGCGUGGCGCCGAAGCCAUCCAACAGCUCCUCGCCAGUUCACCUGGCAUUACCGACGACGUCGUCAACACGGUCAACCGCAUCGUGACAGUGGUUGAGAACGUCAUGGACGGCACCUCCGGCGCUAUUUAUGCGAUCUUCCUGAAUGCCCUCGCCCACGGCCUACGCGACCAAGACAAGGGCUCCACAUUGCAGGCCAACACAGAAGUGUGGGCCAAGGCACUUAAGCACUCUGUCACCGCGUUGGGCCGGUACACACCUGCCAAGGUGGGUGACCGUACUCUUAUGGAUGCGCUUGUGCCAUUCUGCGACACGCUCUUUGAGACGCAUGAUAUCAAUGCUGCGUCCAAGGCUGCUAACGAGGGCACCGAGUCUACAAAGAGUAUGAAGGCUAGUCUGGGUCGGUCUGUUUAUGUUGGUGGUGAGUCGGAGUGGCUUGGAAAGGUGCCUGACCCUGGCGCUUUUGGUCUUGCUGAGUUCUUGGCUGGAAUUGCCGAGGCGGUUUAG